UAGACAAUUUUAUUAUAGUAUUUACAACAAUAUUCCUAGUACCGUAUCCCAUUACAAAAUAAAAACAAUCAGUCAAACGACUCCGCCCUCAGCCAUUAGCGUCCCUUACGCAGGUAUGCCGAUCUGAGGCGUACCCUCUGAAUACCCCCACUCUUAUUCCAGAUGGCGACACUGAACGCAUGCGCAAGCCAUGUAAUCCAUCUCUCUUCCACCAGAGGGCUACUUUUACCAAGCUUGGGCGAUUUUUAGCUCAAGUUAGUUAUAUUCGAACGGUCAAGCUGAGCAGUAGUUCUCUACGCUUCUGUACACAUUUUCGAAGAAUAAAGUAUAGUCGUCAGCUUGUUAUAGAAAAGUUCAGAGUAUAUCAAUUCGUUUCCAACAAUCUAAAGGUGCAUCCGAUUAAGUUCACGCGCACAGCGUCUCUACACACUUGUAACAGCGAGUCUCUGCACGAUACGCCAAGUCAAUUCAAAACAGUGUCGUUAUAUUCAUUAUCAAUUUAGUGUUGAUUUCCUAACGUAGGAGUUUUUUAGGUAGGUUUAGCUUUAAGGAUUAUUAAUUUGCACUAAAGUUUUUUUUCAGUUGAAUCAACCGAUCAUCGAGAAGAUAAAAUGGCAUUAGUUCAGCAGGACAGCGACCACCUUCCUAAGCAGCCAGGUCCGGACAACACAAAAAAUCUGGCGGUCACGAACAUCUUUAAACGUUUAACAUCUUCUAAACGCCCAGAUAAGUGCGGAAUAAAAGUCGAAGUGAAACGUUCAUCUUCGCCAAUAUUGCCGAUAAAAAAAGGAGGUCAGAAGAGAAAGAGGAAUUCAUUAGAAGUAGAGGCAAAGGCAAAACGACCUCGAGAAAUUGUUCCUGAAACUUCUAGAUCUAGCACUUCCAAAAAGAGCAUUCCACGAGGAAGGUACGUCGACAGCGAAAAUAACGUAAUUCGGCCGCCUACACCCUGCUAUUUGGAAGUUGACGCCGAUGACAAGCACUCGCUUGAUUAUUUCGAUGCGCUUGUAUACAAGAACCCGGAAAAGGAAUUGGCACGGAGAUUGAUAGACAAGGAGUCGGAUAAACUUUUUAACUUCUUGGAGCUGCCGAAAAAUGAAGCAAAAUCAAUCGGUGAAAUCGCAAAGUCGCCGUUCAAGCCACUCAACCUAUCUGCAUCUUCAAGUGACAGUGACGAUCUUCAGCAGUUAGAGCAUGACGAACAACCAAUGGCCAACAAUUCACCAGCACAAGUCAUCCUGCAGCCAGCAUCCGAGCCUGUUGACCUUCCGUUGUCUAUUAUCGGUGGUCGAACGAUUGACAGCGAAGAAGCUCACGAGGACCCUUUGAACGUGUCUACCUGUUCAACCAGUUCGACCAGUUCAAACAGGUCAACCAGUUCAACCAGUUCAAAGAGUUCAUCGUGUUCAACAUGUUCCACCUGUUCUACGUCGUCGUCAUCAUCAUCAUCAAAUAGCAGUAGCAGCAGUUCUAAGACUUCUAGCUCGAACUCAAGCAGCGACGAUUCCGAGUCUUCAAAUAGUAGUAACUCUAGCUCGAGCGAUGACGAGAAAGCGCCAACAUCAAUACCAGACAUUCCAAAACCACCAUGUGAGCCUAUAACUAUAAAGAAGAUACAAGACCCGGUAGCUUCAAAAACCCUCAACUCUAAUAUUAGGAAAAGCACGGUAGCCAGGCGGGGCCGUGCGGUAUUAAAUCCAUUGGCGAGAGGAAUAAGAACCAGGAAGACUAUUGUCGAGAAAGCGCAAACAUUGAUACAAGACAUUCCAAAAUCACCAUGUGAGCCUAUAACUUUAAAGAAGAUACAACACCCGGUAGCUUCAAACACCCUCAAAGCUAAUAAUAGGAAAAAUACGGUAGCCAGGAGGGGCCGUGUGGUAAUGAAUCCAUUGUCAAGAGGAAUAAGAACUACAAAGACCAUAGUCCCCACCCAAGUCAUUGCGCCCCAAAAUGUUGUGACAUCCAGGAUGCAACUAAUCCAUGGACUUUAUUAUAAGGAAAUUUCCAAUUGAGUCAAGGAGAGGUGUUGAAUAUGCCUAGAUACUGUUUAAAAAAGCGCUUGACACAUUUCUUUAAAACCAUCGGUUAACGUUCCAAAAUUGCUCUGAUAGAAAGCUGAGGCUGUAUUGCCCGAAAUCAGUAAAAUUUCCUGGUGGAUUAGCAGAAUCUAUGACAGAAAUUUUCCAGAAUACUUUGAAGUGUGGAAACAUUUUCGGACAGAAUGCUGGUGAAAAUUCUGGCGAAGGUAGAGGAAGGCAAUUCAUAGUUAGGAGGUUAAGAACUAUGACUAUACUUAUUGUAAUCUUUGUGCAAUGUUAUUUAUAUAUUGUAAUAAUUUUUUUCGUCAAUAAAGAUCUGAUGAGGUUGAAUACCACACCAACGAAACGUCGUCAGUUAACGUGAAUUUUAUUAUACAUAUUACAUGUCAUACUUGCUUGACUAAACUUUUUUCACUUAAACUCUACACCAUGCCUACACUAAAUUUUUAGUUUUUUCUCCUACUUCCUUUAUCUCUCUUCUGACUAAACCUUCUCUUUCUUCUGUGUUCGUGAAUCAUGUAAUCCUGAUACUUUCUUAUCACUCCUUUUUUUUAAAGCACACGCAUCAUUACAAUAUAUUAUUGCAUAGCCCGUAUUCUGUAAGCUUGUGAACGGUAGAGGCUUGUCUUUGUCAACCACUACUUUGUUAUGUCGUACACGAAAUUUGUGCUGCCCUGUUAUGGCUGACAACAGCAAGUCGCUUAUAUUGCUUUUAUUACCAUGGAUGUAUAUAUGUAUAUACAUUUAAUAUUU